CCGCACCACUUACUACACCACUCAGUCAGUCGAAUAGCAGAAGCGUCCCGCGCGCGCGCUCAAAGCUCUUGCCUACAAAACAUACGAAACAGCAGAAUCGUCAAGGAUGGCAGACAUCGCGGAAUCGUCGACUCCAGCACCAGCAGCAGCAGCUACAAGCCCCAAGAAAGCGGCAGCAGCCAAAGCGAAGAAACCGAGAACAAAGCCCAAUCAUCCGCGCACCUCGGAAAUGGUCGUGGCCGCGAUUAAAACGCUGAAGGAGAAGGGUGGAUCCUCGCUGCAGGCUAUCAAAAAGUACAUCGCCGCCGCCUACAAGGUCGACGCCGAAAAGCUGUCGCCGUUCCUCAAGAAGUAUCUCAAGUCGGCUGUCGCUUCGAAAGAGCUGGUUCAAGUCAAGGGUAAAGGUGCCUCUGGCAGUUUUAAGCUCUCGGCAGCCAGUCUCGAGGGCAAAAAGUCCAGCAUUGCCAAGGCCAAGAAGCCGGCGCCGGCCAGGAAACGAUCGCCAUCCAAGAAACCGGCGGCGGUCAAGAAACCCGCCACGGUGAAAAAGCCGAAGAAGACCGUUGUCGCCGCAGCCAAACCCGCGGUGGCCAGCGUGGCUGCCAAAAAGCCGGCGGUGGAGAAGAAGAAAACCGCUAAACCUGUCGCCGCGAAGAAACCGAAAGCCGUGAAGAAAGCCGCGACUGCCAAACCCAAGAUCGCGAAAAAACCGAAGGUGGCGAAGAAACCAGCGGCCAAGCCCAAGAAACCAGCGGCUAAGAAAGCAGCUGCUAAGAAGAAGUAAGCUGAACGUCGGUGAGGGUUGAUUUUGUGUGUGUGCGAUUGAUUUCGGACGCGAAGAUGACGAACAAUCAUUGCGUUUCGAAUCGUAAAACGGCCCUUGUCAGGGCCAAUAUCCUACGUUUUUCGCUUUGAAACCAUCAACUGUACUGAUACACAUAUUUAUUUCUGCGUUUUCAUUAUGUUUAAGUUGUACAUACGUUAUUAUUAUAUAAGGCGUGUAUUUCUUACAUCUAAUAAAUAUCAUUUUUUUUU